AACGCGCCCAACGGCAACGACAAGACCCCUCAAGACCUCCUCCCCCCCUCACAUUAGCAAUCAUGGGUCGCAUGCACGCUCCCGGAAAGGGCAUUUCGUCCUCUGCCCUCCCUUACCGCCGCGCUCCCCCUUCCUGGCUCAAGACCACCCCCGAUGAUGUGGUCGAGCACAUCGCCAAGCUCGCCCGUAAGGGCCUUACCCCCUCCCAGAUCGGUGUCACCCUCCGGGACUCGCAUGGUAUCCCCCAAGUGCGCUUCGUCACCGGUAACAAAAUCCUCCGUAUCCUCAAGUCCAACGGACUUGGUCCAUCCAUCCCUGAGGACUUAUGGCACCUCGUCAAGAAGGCCGUCGCCGUGCGCAAGCAUCUCGAGACCAACCGCAAGGACAAGGACUCGAAGUUCCGUCUCAUCUUGAUCGAGUCGCGUAUCCACCGCCUUGCACGUUACUACAAGACGAAGCAGCAGAUCCCUCCCACGUUCAAGUACGACUCUGCUACCGCGUCGACGCUCAUUGCAUGAGCACGUCACCCGACGUCUUUUGGGGGAUGACGGUCAGGCUUGUUGCGGUGUAGCUGCGAGUCGAGGUGUAUUCAUGUUUUCCGUCUUUUCAUCUCUUACAUGAUUGUGAACGCAAUACAAAAUUAGGUUUAUGCUCGAUGAAGCUAUGCCUUCC